UUCUGUAUGCCACAUACACAUACGCCUUCAGAUUAGCUUUCAGAAAGUCAUGCCCUCCUUCCUGCUGCUGUUGAUGUCUCGCGCGUUUACGUUUCAUAUUAGGCUUGAAGAAUCGGGGUUGUGUUCUUAGCGGUUUUUGAAAGCAAUCUUUUAAGAAAGCCCGAUCAUGAAUGUGCUUUAAUUUUGUUAAUGUGUUUUGAACACGUAGCAUAGGUUAGGCUAUUGCUUUCGAUUUCAUUGGAUUGCGAGGAAACUGAAACCAACGUAAACGGGAGAGCAAUGGAGAGUAGACUGUACAUGCCACCAAAAAUACAAGAGGAUCAUUUGAACAAAAUCAAGGAUGUGUUUGCUUCUGAAAGCUCUGAAGAAAUUCCCCACCGGCUUAUAUCCCUUUUGGAGGUUUUUGACCAUUUUAAGAUGGAUAUCGCCGUGACUGGAGAGUCUGGUGCAGGAAAGUCUUCUCUUAUCAAUGCGAUGCUUGGAUUGAACCCUGAUGACACAGGGGCUGCUCCAACCGGAGCCGUGGAAACCACAAAGCAAGCAACCAUGUAUCAUCAUUCAAAUCUGCCCCACGUCAGACUGUGGGAUCUUCCAGGGAUGGGCACUCCUUCUUUUGCCUCCAAGAGUUAUGUAAAGACUAUGAACUUCGACCUUUAUGACAUGUUUAUGAUCGUGAUAUCGGAGAGAGUCAGAGAAAACAACAUGCUGUUGAUUGAUGAAAUCGAGAAACGGAAGAAGCCAUUUUAUUUCAUUAGAACAAAAAUUGAUAAUGAUGUCCGUAGAAAGAAAAACAAAUUCAUUGCAUUGGAUCAAAUGAGACAAGACUGUGAGAAAUAUCUGAAGGAGAAGAAACUGGACCCCCAUGUGUUCCUAGUGUCGUCCCAUGAAACAGAAAAUUAUGACAUGCAGAAGCUCAUGGACACUUUUAAAGAUGAGGUUUCUCAGCUUAGAGCAGCAAUAUUUUCUGAUUUUCUGGACAAGAUGUUGCAUGGAGGAUGGAUAACGGCAAGGUAUGCUACAAAUCACAUCCAGCAGACUGGGAAACUUGAAACAGAGGACAUCACAGCAUUGCAGGAUAUGUAUAAGCGCACAGGAUAUGGAGCUGCGAAAGUCAGUGUUGUUCUGGAGGCUUUGAGUCACUUUCAACUAGAUGUUGCAGUGUUGGGUGAGACGGGCUCUGGAGCGUCCACUUUGGUAAAUGCCUUCAUUGGGCUGAAGAAUGAAGAGUGUGGUGCAGCUUCAGAAUCCAUCAGCAACCCAGCAAUGAGUCUGGGGUACCCAGAUGUCCGGUUCUGGGACAUAUCCGGUGUAGAGGCGGUCAUGGACUACUCAAUGUAUGAGAUGAAACAACACUUGAAUUGUUUUGACUUCUAUAUUAUCAUUGUAUCAGACUGGCAGAAAGCACGGCAUUUAAAACUAGCCAAAGCAGUUGAGGAAUUAAGGAAACAUUACCUCUUGGUCCAGACCAAAGUGGACCAUCAUCUACAGGCUCAAAGUGAGUUGUAUUGUGAUGAGUCUGAGAUGCUUGAUGGGAUUCGGGCGCAAUUUAUCCAGGAGCUUCAGAUGGCAAACCUGUCUGAACAGCAGAUGUUUCUCAUCAACAGUCUUGAUAGAUCUGCAUUUGACUUUGUAAGCUUGGAAAGUGCACUCUCCUGUGACCUCAACACUGUCAGGUCAAGUGCUUUUGCAUACUAUAUAGCAAGAAUAGUUAAGGAGCAAAAAUAACAAUAUGACAUGAUUUAGCACGAAACUGUUUAAUUUACAGUUAAAUAUUCAAGCUUACUAUAGUAUGGCUCCUGUUUUCAACUGGUGUGCAAUAUGUAAGGAAUAAUCGACAAUGGGUGAUUAGAAAUAUAAUGUUCACCCGAGGUGGGGAUUCGGAUGUUACUUCAUUCAAGUACAAUUUAAACUGACUACUUUACUUGAUUACAUUUUGGAAGAAAAAAAUGUACUUUUUACUCCUACAACUCUUACUACUAAAGUUUUUUUUUUUCUCAAAGUACAUUGCAUUGUUAUUGUUAGGGUUAUGUAUUUAUCUUAUGUACAUUAAAUAGCGUAAACGUAAGCUAAAACGUGCGUGCUUGAUGUGAGAACCAGUGAUCAUUGCUUUCACGCAUCAAGCACACACACAUUUCUACUUCGGUUAUAACUUUGUUUAGAUAAUGUCUAGGUUCAAUUAAUUCACCAUCACAUCUGAGGAAGCAUGUUGGGAUUGCAAAGUGGAGUUUUCUCCCAAAAAAGAUAAUUUAUUCUUUGUUUUGAUGGAGCCAUUAGCUGUGUAAUAUAUUAUCUGAAAAAAUAUGAAAAAUCAUCAUAUUUUUGUAGUAACUAUCAUUUUUUAAUUAAAUGAUAGUAAAUCUCCAAAAGUGUUUAAAUGGAUGUUGUAUGUUUGGUCAAUUAUAUGUUUAGUGAUGUUCUUACCAGGUAGUGGAUAAUUAUAUGAAUUAUCUAUAAUUAUCUAAUCAUCCUUUAGACAGUGAAGUAGACAAGACAAAAAAAUGGGCUUUCAAAAUAUUUUAAUUCCAUGACUCUCCUCAUUAAUUCAACCCAUUCUUGCAUCCUGUUUGGAAUGUUUCUAACCUCUGCAUCACAAAUGUUAUUAAAAGUGGGACCACUACAGAAACCACACAAAGUGAACAUGAUGGUCAAGUUUAAAAUAUUAGUAUUGUAAUCUUCUUACAUAUGCCUAUUGUUUCAUUUAGGAAGACACUGAUUCAUGAACGGAGGCUGUACGGCUUACCGUCAUAUUCACUUUGGGUAGUUUUUGAAGCGUCAUUUUUGGACGUCCUAUGCCUAUAAGAAGUGAGAUGAUUUAAUUUAGAUGCUUUAGAUCUUAGUUUGUGUAAAAGUACAAAAGUAACUUGUUAUUGCUAUUGUUAUUUGUCUAGAUACUUGUACUUUCAUUUGAAUACAAUUUUUUUUGAGUACUUUUUACACCUCUGGUGUCUACAAGACAUCGAUUAAAAGAUAUAUGAGAGCAUGUAAAUUACCUCAGAGUCUGUGCAUCUCUCAAAAGCGUUUGGCUAAAACACUUAAAACUUAAGCUAAAUUUCUUUGCUAACAGUGUCGUCGUUACCUCAAGUUGAUUGGAACUUUAAUGCAGUCAAAGAGCUGCCUGGAUGUACGUUUGUUUGGCUGAAAUUGCUUUGUUCUAAUGUUUGCAAAAGAACAGAAGAUAUAGAACAGAAAAUUAUCGGUAGGAUUUGGUCUGCACUAAAACAUGUUAACUGUUGAUCUGUGAUCAGUACUAUUUUAAUAUAUGUUUGUAAUAAUUGUAAUAACUGCAGAUUCUCAUUUCACAUUUAAAACGGUUUCUUGUUUAAUAAAAUGUUUAUGAAAAAUG